AUGGCUGUGACCCAAGAUUUCGCCUACCGUGAAUUCAUCCUGUCACGCGGUCGUACCCCGACCGCUGUCUCCGGUCCAUGGGCUCGAGGUGGUUACGGUAGCUCUGGCAGUGGAGGCACGCAAUCCCUGCACCAUUCAACCACGCCAAACGCUCAUCUCUCCCCACGCAGUCUACCCUCUAGCUUCACCGCCGCCAUGGGAUCCGCGCCCAGUUCCGCCAACUUCGGCGGCCCUGGCAUCAGUAGUGUUGGCCAGCACCACACUGAACGCCGACAUGUAGUACAAUUGCAGUACAUCUCGUGGCCCGAUCACGGAGUUCCCGACAGCCCAGACGAUUUGAUCGCCUUCGUACAAAGAGUGCGUGCCGCUCGCAUAGGCUAUGACACGGCCCCAGUUGUGGUACACUGCUCAGCUGGCAUUGGACGCACCGGCGUUCUCAUUACCAUGGAGACAGCUAUGGCCUGCAUUGAAGCCGGUCAGCCGGUCCGUCCACUGCAAAUGGUGACAGAAAUGCGCGACCAACGCGCCAUGCUCAUCCAGACCACGACGAUUUUCCAUGCAAAACCUUUAAUUUGUGUGAAAAUUUACGCUGAAGUUAUCGUCGUUCAAUCCCAUCAGAAUACGGCGGCUGGCUUCUCAUGUCCAGAUGUCGUUUAG